AUGGAGAAUUUCCAUAUAAUGUUUUUCCUCAAAUUUGUAGUUUAUGUUCUACUUUAUGAUGGUAUUGAAACUCUAAUCUCCAAAGACGGUAACUUCACUUUUGGAUUCUUUAGCCCUAAAAAUUCUACAAACCGCUACGUUGGAAUUUGGUGGAAGUCUCAAUCUACAAUCAUAUGGGUGGCAAACAGAAACCAACCACUGAAUGACUCUAAUGGGAUUGUCACGAUAUCUGAAGAUGGAAAUCUUGUGGUAUUAAAUGGACAGAAACGAGUCAUUUGGUCAUCAAAUGUUUCCAACAUAGCAACAAAUACAAGUUCUUGCUUUUCGGGUUUCGGUAACCUUGUGCUUCUGGAGAACACAACCGGAAAAAACUUAUGGCAGAGUAUUCUGCAGCCUUCAGAUACAUUCCUUCCAGGAAUGAAAAUUUCAAACAACAAAAGAACCGGUAAGAAUGAAAAACUCACAUCAUGGAAAAGCCCUUCUGACCCCUCUGUUGGCAACUUCUCUGCUAGUACUGUUGAACGCCUAAGUAUACUUGAAGUGUUUAUUUGGAAUGGAACUCGGCCAUUUUGGCGCAGUGGUCCUUGGAAUGGCAGGGUCUUUACAGGGAUACAAAAAAUGGAAUUUGUAUAUACUAAUACUUUUCAAGGUGGAGAUGAUGGAGAAGGAAAUAAUGUUAUAUUUUAUACGCAACCAAAUGACACGGAAAUAAGGAUCUAUCACCUGAAUUCAAAAGGAAUAUUUGAAAAAAUGUGGUGGGAUGAUCAGAAUAAAGAAAUGAAAGUGAGAUGGAAAAGCCAAAACGCAGAAUGUGAUGUUUAUGGUCUAUGUGGAGAUUUUACAAGCUGUAAUUCAUUGAGCUCACCAGUUUGCAGUUGUUUGAAAGGAUUUGAACCCAGAAAUACUCGUGAAUGGAGUAGAAACAACUGGACUGGCGGGUGUGUUAGGCAGAGACCUUUGCUGUGUAAAAGGGUCACCAAUAAAACCACAAGUAGAAAGGAAGAUGGGUUUCUGAAACUACAGAUGGUUAAAGUUCCAGAUUUUGCUGAAGGUUUAGCAGUUACACCUGACACAUGCAGAAUCUUAUGUUUAGAGAAUUGCUCUUGUGUUGCGUAUUCUCAUCAUGAUGUGAUUGGCUGUAUGUCUUGGACCGGCAAUCUACUUGACAUAGAACAAUUCGAAAUUGGAGGACUUGACCUAUAUGUUCGCGUAUCCUAUUUAGAACUUGAUAGGAGAAAUAAGACAAUCUUCAUCGCAAGUACAGGGAUAAUUGCAACUCUUAUUAUUAUCAUUUGCGCAUAUACCACAUGGAGAAGGAUAUCAAACCACUCAGCUAAUUCUAGUGACAACAUAAUUGGAGAAAUGUCGCAAGAUAAACUACAAGAGCUAUUAAAAUUUGAUUUUGAAAAAGUUGCAACUGCCACAAACAACUUUGACCUGUCAAACAAACUUGGACAGGGUGGUUUUGGUCCCGUAUACAAGGGGAAACUGCAAGAUGGUCGAGACAUAGCAGUUAAAAGGCUUUCUAGAGCAUCUGGACAAGGGUUGGAGGAAUUCAUGAACGAAGUAUUGGUGAUUUGUAAGCUUCAACAUCGCAACCUUGUAAGGCUUAUUGGCUGUUGUGUUGAAGGUGAUGAAAAGAUGUUGAUGUAUGAAUACAUGCCAAACAAAAGUUUGGAUGCAUUUAUCUUUGAUCCAUCAAAAAACAAACUCCUGGAUUGGAGGACACGGUGUAACAUCAUAGAAGGAAUUGCUCGAGGGUUGCUAUAUCUUCACAGAGAUUCUAGGCUAAGAAUUAUUCAUAGAGAUUUGAAGGCAAGUAAUGUCCUGUUAGAUGAGGAGUUGAAUCCAAAAAUAUCAGACUUUGGUCUGGCUAGAAUAUUUGGAGGAGGUGAAGAUCAGGCCAAUACUAGAAGGAUUGUCGGAACUUAUGGCUACAUGUCUCCUGAAUAUGCAAUGCAAGGAUUAUUUUCAGAGAAAUCAGAUGUUUUUAGCUUUGGUGUAUUGCUACUAGAGAUUGUUAUCGGAAGAAGAAACUCAAGUUUUUAUGAUGAUGAGCAUAAUCUUAGCCUUUUAGGAUAUGUAUGGACACAAUGGAGUGAAGACAAUAUUUUGUCUCUAAUAGAUCAAGAAAUAUAUGAUCAUAGUCAUCAUAAUUAUAUUUCAAGGUGCAUACAUAUAGGACUAUUGUGUGCACAAGAACUUGCCAAAGAUAGGCCCACUAUGGCUGCAGUAAUUUCUAUGCUUAACAGUGAAACUUCAUUACUUCCUCCUCCUAGUAAACCUGCAUUCAUCCUGAGGGAGAAUAUGUUAAAUUCAAAGUUAGCUGAAGAAUGUCAAAAUGGUUGUUCCGUCAAUAAUGUCAGUAUUACAGACAUCAGUGGCAGAUAGCACACAAAGUGGUCAUCAUAAUCUGGUUCAGCAUUUGACGUCUAAAGUUUCCUCCAAAAAUAAAAAAAUUAGUCUAGCCAAUAUAAAGGGAAUAAUAUUUUUAGCACAACACCUCGACUCUCGACAGAUUCUUUGGGUCAGCCCUUGACACCAGUAGCGGCUGACCUUCAGGCUAGUGGUUCGAUAUCUAUCCUUACUCAUCUUCGUAGCAACACCCUUAGCUCAGGCGCCUCCAAUGCAACAUUGAUGCCACUUUUUCAGGUCAGUUGAACUGUGCAUGUAGUGGCAUGUGCUUACGCGACGGAGACUGUGCUUUUGUUUUGGCUAGACCUAUGUGCUUUACUCGUUUGUGUUCUGUGGACGUCAGUGAAGCAUUGAGAUUAUUCCAUGCUUUAGAAUGACUUAGUGAUAUGGAGUUUGAUUGCGUGGAGUUCGUGCUCGACUCCAAAAUAACUACGUAUGGUUUGGCAAUAUUAUCUUACUUUGCUUCAAGGAAUAUUUUUGCUUCUCACUUCACAAACUCUCGGGUGGAGUUAAAUAGGAGAUAAGCGAAUACGGUUGCUCACGCCCUUGCAGCACAUUAUCUGCUACUCCCACGACUUAUUUUGAAAUACCCUCGUGUUUUGAUACUCUUACUAUUUAUGAAAUGGUAUAAGCAUAUUUCUUCAAAAAACCAUAUAACAUUCUUAUAGGAAUUUAUUAUAGUUGCAA